AUGGCGCAACUUCGUGCAAAAGAUGCUCUUGGCGAAAGAGAUCUUGUUUCACAGUUACUCAAAAAACCAUUUGCUGCAAGGAACGUGGCUGAGCAAAAACUCAUCGUGCAGCAACCACGUCCAGUUCCUAACUUGAAGAUGAAAACGAAGGACAGAGUUUUUCAAUUUGAUUGGUAUGCAAAGAAAGACUGGCUUUGUGGGAGUGAGGAUAAGCAAGGACUCUUUUGCUGGCCCUGUUUGUUGUUUAUGCCCGGUAUGUCUCAAACCUGGACAGAAACUGGGUAUUCUAACAUGCACAGCUUCCUCUCUGACUGUAAAAAGCAUGUCAAAGCCAAGACCCACCUGGAGGCCUACAAGACAUGGAAAACUUUCGAUGUAACGGAGAGAAUAGAUGUUGUUUUUUCGAGAGCAAGACGAGAGGAAGUAGAUCGCCAUAACGAAGAAGUCCGACAGAACAGGGAGAUGCUGAAAAUUCUCAUCGAAGCGGUUCUUUUCUUAGGGAAGCAAGAGUUAUCUUUCAGGGUACACGAUGAAUCCGACACUAGCUUGAAUAGAGGCAAUUACAGAGAGCUGCUGGAAUGUUUUGCCAAAUUUGAUUCGGUUUUUGAACGUCGUCUUCAUGGAAAGCUAGCUAAUGAGGAAAGAGGCAAUGUUGGAGUUUUUACAGGUGUUUCAGCUGAUACUCAAAAUGAUCUGAUUGAAUGCAUAGAUUCUGCGAUUCAAGAUCAAAUUGAUAAGGAGAUUUAUCAGUCUACAUUUUUAUGCAUCCAGGUUGAUGAAACAACAGAUGUAUGCACAAAGGAACAACUCAGUGCCAUUGUUCGUUUUGACAAGAAAGGUGAGAUUGUUGAAAGGUUUUUAAAGUUCUGUGAUGUUAGUUCCAACAGAUCUGCAUCUGCCAUUAGUAUUAUUAUUAAAGAAAUUCUUCAGAAAUAUGGCGAAUCAAUGAAGGAAAAAUUAAUUAUGCAAACCUAUGAUGGUGCUUCUGUAAUGUCUGGCCAAAUUUCUGGCGUUCAAACCCUUCUUCGCAAAGAUUUUCCUUUUGCAUACUUUUUUCACUGUGCUGCACAUAGACUGAAUCUUGUUUUAUGUCAAUCUGCAUCUAUCAUGCCUGUGGUUAAGGUUUUCUUUGCAAAUGUUAGUGCAUUUAGCAAUUUUACAAGCCUAAGUUCCAAAAGGAAAGAUCAUCUUAGGUUUCAUGGCAUUGAAAUUCCACGCCCUGGUGAGACAAGAUGGUAUUAUCGCUCUCGCACUGUAAAAGUUAUUUUUGAAAAGUUUGAUAUUCUUUUUGAUGCUUUAGAGGAAAUAACUGACAAUCCAAAGAUCUGGGAUGAUGCUGCCCUCACUCAAGCUUCUGGGCUACUGCAGUAUUUGAACAGUUUUGUUUUCUGUUUCUUCAUCUGCCUCUUUCACAAGAUUCUAGAACAGUCUUCAAUUCUUUAUAUGAUUCUUCAAAACACAAAAACAGAUUUUAGCUUUGGGGUGGGAAAGAUAGCAGAGUUUGCAGCAUAUCUCUCUGACAUGCGCAAUGAUGAUACCUUCAGAGAAUUUUAUGAUUCAGUAGUUAAUAAGAUUGGUGAACCAUCUUCAAGAUCUGAAAGAAAGCACAAUUAUAAGCAGCUUUAUUUUGAAGUUCUUGAUAAUAUUACUAAUAUGCUAACUGAACGCUUUGCAGAUUGCCAGAAUUUUGAGUUCCUUGAUCUUGUUAAUCCCAAUUUAUUCUCUCAAUGGAAAAAUAAAGUUCCUGCUGCCAAAUUGGAAAUGCUGAAAUCAAAGUAUGGGCCUCUCUUCAAUAUUUCAAAUCUUGAAAGUCAAUUGAUUUUUAUUUACAAGGAUACAGACUUCCACAAAGAAAGUCCAGUUGCACUGUUGCAGUUUAUCUACAAUUUCAAUCUAGAAGCAAGUAUUCCAGAAGUAGUAAAAUUAUUAAAAUUAAAUGCUUCAAUCGCAGUAUCCAGUGCCUCAGUUGAACGCUCAUUUUCAUGUUUGAAGAGAGUUAAAACUUACCUGAGGAAUACAAUGGGACAAGAACGCCUUGGAUCUUUGUGUAGAAUCAGUACACACAAAAACAUAUUAAAAGAGCUUGAAGAUCAAAAUUUGCUCACUGACUUAGUCAUCGAAAAGUUUAUUAAGAAACCAAGAAGACUGAAUUUUCUUUACAAAUAA